GGCUAUUGCUUGCGUUACUUGUGGCGACAAAGGCUUGCACAAUGUAACACCGCAUCGAUGUAGCUUCCUGCCUUGUAUUCUGCAGUAUCCCUGAUUGGAACACAAUGAUGGCUUGUAUCUCGGCCAUCCCACACCGCUGCAGUCAUCAGAGACUUGACCAAUAAGCAUUGAUCCACGACUUGGAGGCUGGAGAGUCAUUUGCUUCUCUCAGGCUUUAAGUGCGAGCUACAGCAAGGAAAAUGGAGCUGUGCACUGUCUAUAAAGCCUGCUACCCUUGUCCGUCCAGAAGCCUUUCUUCCUUCCCUGCCACAAAGCAAACUCUUCCCUUCAUCCUUAACCUUUGCCUAUCACCCAGCACAAUGCAUUUACUUAGUAAAGCUGCUGUCCUCCUCCUGGCACUGAGCGUCAGCGCCAGACCAAUCGAGGAGGCUCGCGCUGAGACAACAGCGCCCGCCGAUUAUGGAGACUACAAGGACUACGGCUCCUACGGCAAGUACGGUGACUACGGCCACUACAAGCGCGACGAGGAGCCCAGUCCCACAACCACAUGCACCAAAACAGAAACUCCUGUUCCUGGAUAUAACAACUACGGCGACUACGGAAACUAUGGUCAAUAUGGGGACUAUGGUCACUACAAGCGUGACGCAGAGCCCACCACCACCACCACCACCACUGAGACCCCAAGUCCCACUCCAGCGGACUACGGAGACUACGGAGACUACGGUAACUACGGCAAGUAUGGGAACUACGGAGAGUACAAGGUGAAGAGAGACGAUGAGCCUUGUACGACUCCCACAGAGACCCCGACUCCUACUCCCACUCCCGCCGACUAUGGUGACUACGGUGACUACGGCAACUAUGGCGAUUACGGCACCUACGAGAACUACUAGAAGCUCGCCGAACGAAAAUUCAAGAAACGCCCUGAGGAAUGAU